AUGCGUUGUUUUGUCACAGUUGGAAGUACAGAAUUUGAUGCAUUAAUACGUGUGGUAGUUGAACGGAAGUUUUUGGAAUCGUUGAAAGAAAUUGGUAUUACCGAUUUACUCAUACAAAUGGGCAAAGGUAAAAUAGAGCUUGAAAAAGGUAAUCAUUGUGGUAUAAAUAUCAAUUACUAUCGUUACAAAGAUGACAUUUUACAAGAUAUUGCUGAAGCAGACUUGGUAAUUGGACAUGCUGGUGCUGGAACAUGUCUUGAAGUGCUUCGAUAUAAGAAACCACUUGUGGUAGUGGUUAAUGAAGAGUUAAUGAAUAAUCAUCAGUGGGAACUUGCUGAACGCUUACAAGAAUUGGGCCAUAUUUUCUGCACCAGACCAAACGAUUUAGCUGAAGUUAUCAAAUCACCUGAAAUUUUCAAACGUAGACCAUUUGCAGGACCUGAUUAUUCAAAUUUAGCAAAUAUUAUUCUUAGACAUAUUGGAAUAGACAUAUAA